AUGUUAAGGGCAACCAAUAUACUUAGAGGAAGAAUUCCUAUUACUUCUUCUUUGCUUGGGAAGACAACUAAUAUUGCUAGAACAUUCACAACUUCAUCUAUAUCUUUUGCAGUUGUUAGACAAAAAGAAGGUAAGAAGAAACAAGUGUUAAGAAAAAGAAUUGAUCCAAAUAAACAAAAACAGAAAAAAUCUACUGGAUUAACUCAUUUACCAUUUAGAGAUGCUGUUAGAAAUUUGAAUCUUGAACAAACUGCUCCCACUUUAAUUGUUGAAACAUUAUCUAAUAAGGAAGAAUUAAAAGUUGGUACUGUGACAAGUUAUGAAAAAUCAAUUGAAAAAAAAUUGAUUGCAUUAGAUGCAUUCAAAAAAUAUCAACAUCAUGAAAUGUUUCAAAAUCCAAUAUCAUUAAUCACUUCAAAUACUAUUAGAAUCAAUAAAGAAUUUGUUGAGAAAUUAGAUGGAGAAUCUAAAUCCAAUAGAAUUUAUAUUGAUGGUAUAAAGGGAAGUGGUAAAUCGACAUUAAUAAAUCAAGCCAUUUCACUUGGUCAAGAAAAAUUUAAUAAUGAGGCAAUUGUAUUAUAUUUGAAUUCAGGUGAAAUUAUUGGUAAUGGAACAUCUGAUUAUAUUAAAAAUUCUAAAUUAGGAGUUUAUCAACAACCAAUGUUGACGAAAAGAUGGAUUCAUAAAAUUUUAUCAGCUAAUGCUAAUAUUUUCAAAAAAUUGAAAUUAACUAAAGAUAUUAAAUUUACUAAAGAUAAACUGGAAAUUUUAUUAAAAGCUAAUAUUGCCACUUUAUAUGAUUUCUUAUCACAAAAUCGUGAUAUGGGUAAAGUUCAUCCUACAUAUGCUUUCCAAUUUUUCAUUGAACAAUUAAUUGAUCAUUCUCAAAAUGUCCCUAUUAUUGUAUCAAUAGAUGAUUUCAAUGCUUUGGCAGAUUAUCCUUGGACUAAAUAUAAACAUCCAGAUUUUACUCCAAUUCAUGUUAAUGAAUUUGAAAUUGGUCAAUUUUUAUUGAAAUGUGCUAGUGGAGAAAUAAAUUUUGUUAAAGGUGGAGUAUUAUUAGGUAAAUCAAAUGAUUUUGCUUUGAAUAGACAAACAGUUAAAGUUGGGAUUUAUCCAAAUGAAGAAUAUAAUCCAUUUUUGAAAAUGCCAAUAUUUGAUUUUAAUCUUGCUAAUUCAUUAACUUCAAAUGGUGGAAUUAAACCUUUUAAAAUUGAUCCAUUUACAAAGGAAGAAGUUAGAUCAUUAAUGCAAUUUUGGAAAGAUCAAGGAGUAUUAAUUGUUCGUGAAGAUUUCCAUAAAAAAGAUUAUGAAAAAGUUUCAAAUUCUAAUGAAAUAAAUAUUGAUGAACAAUUUGAAAAAUUGGUACAAGCACUGUAUGUUAAUAAUCAAGGUAAUCCAUAUGGAAUGAUUAAACAAGCAGUUUUAAGUUAUUAA